AUGAUCACCAAGCCCUCGGGAGAAGCCAGCGUCCUCUCACGUGAUGACCGAAGGUCUUCGGGGAGCCCAGCAGUGGGGGCCCAAAGUCAGGCCUCCCUCCCUGCAGAUGCCCCAGUGGCUAGCACCCCAGAAUCUGCUGCACAGCAGGAUGUAGAUCAGGCCUCCACUGAGCCAGCCACCUCCAGGCCCACGUCAGCGUCAGGGGACGAGGAUCAGCUUGAAGACGAAGCUGCUGCCGGGCACAGGCAGCAGCCCAAGGAGGCCACGGGCCAGCCGGCCUGCCCAGCCCCAGAUUCCCUGGAAACGACCGUGAGCCCCCAGAGCCCAGUGUGGGACAGGCCAGCACAAGACUCGCAGAUGACACAGAGUCCUUGGGUUUCCCAAAGUGACUCCCUGGUUGAGAAAAAGACACCAAGAACACUGAGUGUCCCAAGCAGGGAGGAAGACUUGGAUCCGCCCACCCCUAGCACUCAGGUGCAGUUCCCCCAAAAUGUUCCCCCCAUGAGCGCUGCAGACGCAGACAGCCAGCCUGAUGCUCCAGCCGCUCUCACCGAAACAGCUGCUGAGAAAUCUGAGGGCUCAGGGGCCUUGAGCCCUGACACUGAAGCAUUGCCAUCAGCUGAGCCCCAGUCAGUGACCGAGGGGCAUUCAGUGGACUGCUCAGGAGUCCCACAGGCUCUGCCAGUCACUCCCUGCCCAGGAGGCAGUGCCCUGACCUUGCCUGGGGCCCCCACAGUGGCCCAGGGGUGGAAGCCCCUGGACUCCAGCCUGAACUUGGCCAUGGAGGAGAGCUCUUACAUGCGCUCGAUGACCAGCUUGUUGGCCAGGGGCAAGGCGUCCAUUGGCUCCCUGGCAGACGUCCUGGUCUGGUCUGAGACCACCAUGGACACUCCCACGGGCCUCCUGGCAUCCGGGCACAGCUCUGUGACUGACCUUCUGUGCAGCACGGGGCCCAGACUGCACUCAGUCUCCAGCCUCCUGCAGAGCGCCAGGUCAGCCUUCUCCUCCUGGCUGGCCACAGGCACGGGCUUGGUCCUGCACUCUAUCACCCACUUGCUGGAGAGGAUGGAGCAGAGGACAGCAGAGGGCAUCUGCUUGGCCAUGCACUACCUGACCGGACACCUUACCCCAUAUCACUCUGGCCUCAGCGGUGACUAG